GAACGCAGUGUAGCGAAGCGGAGAGAGAGGGACGCACAGCGCUGGGGCCGCAGGGGCUGCUGGGAUUGGCUACAUUGCGGGCCGCAGGGGCUGCUGGGAUUGGCUACAUUGCGGGCCGCAGGGGCUGCUGGGAUUGGCUACAUUGCGGGCCGCAGGGGCUGACGGGACCGGGGAUAUGGGUGAGGAGAACGGCAGCUGCAAUGAGCCGGCCCUGUCCAUGGGUAUAGACCUGCGCACCCGCGUGCUCCAGUUCGUGGAAGACCGACUGCAGACCACCAUGUGGACCGGAAUCCUGAUCGGGGCCCUGGUCGCCAUGGCCGUCAUUGGGGUGAUCGGCUACAUUGUCUACAAGAAGUUCAGGCAGUCCAAGCAACCACAUUCAGACGUGCCGCGCUAUCGCUUCCGGAAGAGAGACAAAAUGAUGUUUUAUGGGCGCAAGAUCAUGAGAAAGGUCACCACCCUGCCCAACACUCUCGUGGGAAACGCAGUCUCCAGGCCCAGAACCAGGAAAAAACCAAGAGUGCUGUCUCUGGCUAAAAGGAUACUCCGCUUUAAGAAGGAAUACCCCACUCUGCAGAAAAAGGAGCCGCCCCCUUCCCUGCUGGAGGCGGACCUUACCGAGUUUGACGUGAAAAACUCCCAUUUACCCUCGGAAGUUCUGUACAUGCUGAAGAACGUCAGGGUGCUGGGGCACUUCGAGAAGCCCCUGUUCCUAGAGCUGUGCAAGCACAUGGUCUUCGUUCAGCUGCACGAGGGCGAGUACAUCUUCCGGCCCGGCCAAUUGGACAACAGCAUUUACGUGGUGCAAGACGGGACGUUGGAAGUGUGCAUCCAGGAGAGCGACGGCGCCGACGUGGUGGUGAAGGAGGUGUUGGCCGGGGACAGCGUGCACAGCCUGCUCAGCAUCCUUGAUGUCAUCACCGGACACACAGCACCUUACAAAACGGUUUCAGCCAGAGCCGCCACAGCUUCCACCAUCCUGCGACUCCCGGCCAAUGCCUUUCAGGACGUCUUUGCCAAAUACCCAGAGACCCUAGUGAGGGUGGUGCAGAUCAUCAUGGUCCGACUCCAGAGAGUGACGUUUCUAGCUCUGCAUAACUACCUGGGUCUGACUACUGAGCUCUUCAACUCGGAGAGCCAGGCCAUCCCGCUGCUGUCGGUGGCCAGCCUGACGGUGGGGGCCGGGGGCAAUAAGGCUGUAAGGAGGCAGGUAUCCAGCAUGUCGGCGGAGGAGGAACAUGGAGAGAAAUGUAUCGAGCAGCAGCCAGAGUCUGACCAGGGCUCCCUAGACCCGAGUAAAUUCUCCUCAACUGAUGGAAAUGGCCACAAGCGGAGCCGCUCCUCCUCCAGCAUCGCCGAAAUCCCAGUGCGAGCGCGAGUGAGCCUCACCCCCGACGACAUGCCGCCGAGCCCCAUUCUGAACAAGCCCAUCCUGAAGAAGUCGGUGACUGUCACGGAGACGCCGUCGGCCGUUUAUCACUACAAGGAGGAAGAUCUUGUCAUUCCGGAAUUCAGCGUCAACCGACACCUGAACGCCAUGUUUGAGGCGGCCAAAAAGGAUCUGUCGACCCUCAUCAAACUUCAGGACCCCUCUCUGCUGAAUGGAAGGGUGACUUUACAUCAAGUCAAGGGUGGAACCAUUUUAUCCAGACAGGGGGACCAGGACGUGAAUAUUCGCUUCGUGAUCUCGGGGCUCCUCCACGUUUACCAGCGGAAAAUCGACCGGGAGGAGGAGACCUGCCUCUUCAUCACCCACCCCGGGGAGUUGGUGGGGCAGCUGGCCGUUUUAACGGGGGAACCCCUCAUCUUCACCAUCAAAGCCAAUCGCGACUGCACCUUCCUCUCCAUCUCCAAGUGCCACUUCUAUCUUGGGGUGGCACACACUGUAGUUAAGAGGAUGUCCCCCUUCGUCAGGCAAAUCGACUUUGCGUUGGAUUGGAUGGAAGUGGAGGCGGGACGGGCUGUUUACAGACAGGACAAAUCGGACUGUACCUACAUUGUUCUGAAUCUUCGCUUUAGAAAGGAUGAUGGGAAGCAGCUGACUGGGGAAUACGGACGCGGAGACCUUAUCCACGGCCUAGGUCUCCACACAACCGGCAACAAGUGGGAUUCCAGCAACCCAGCCAGUAACCUUUCCACCGUCGCCAUCUUGCCUGUGUCCGAAGAGGUUCCUCUGACAGCCUUCGCACUUGAGCUGAGGCAUGCCCUGGGCGCUGUGGGCCCCACCCUGCUGCUCACCAGCGACAAUAUCAAGCAGCGCCUGGGCUCCGCCGCUCUGGACAGUGUCCAUGAGUACAGACUGUCCAGCUGGUUGGGGCAACAGGAGGACAUUCACCGAAUUGUUCUGUAUCAGUCGGAUUAUUGCCUGACGCCAUGGACCCAGCGCUGUAUCCGGCAGGCCGACUGCAUCCUGAUAGUGGGGCUGGGGGAACAGGAGCCCACCGUCGGAGAGCUGGAGAAGAUGUUGGAGAACACGGCCGUCCGGGCCCAGAAGCAACUGGUUCUGCUCCAUAAGGAAGACGGACCCCCUCCGUCCCGCACAGUCGAGUGGCUGAACAUGAGAAGCUGGUGCUCGGGGCACUUACACCUCAGCUGCCCCCAUCGGGUUUUCUCCAAGAGGAGCCUGCCCAAGCUGAUCGAGAUGUACGAACGGGUUUCCCAGAAGCCCCCGGACCGCCACUGUGACUUCUCCCGCCUCGCUCGCGUGCUGACCGGCAACGCCAUCGCCUUAAUCUUGGGAGGAGGAGGAGCCAGGGGCUGCUCCCAGGUCGGCAUCAUCAAGGCGCUCAUCGAGUCGGGGAUCCCCAUCGACCUGGUGGGGGGCACGUCCAUCGGAGCCUUCAUGGGGGCCCUGUACGCCGAGGAGCGCAGCUUCAACCGCAUGAAGAUCCGGGCGCGGGAGUGGUGCAUGGACAUGACUUCAGUAUGGAAGAAGGUUCUAGAUCUGACGUACCCGACCACCUCCAUGUUUUCCGGUGCGGCCUUCAACAAGAGCAUCAGCAGCAUCUUCAAGGACAAACAGAUAGAGGAUCUAUGGAUUCCGUAUUUUAACAUCACCACUGACAUCACCGCUUCGGCCAUGCGCAUUCACACCGACGGCUGCCUAUGGAGGUACGUACGUGCCAGUAUGUCCCUAUCGGGGUACAUGCCUCCACUCUGUGACCCCAAGGAUGGGCACCUCCUGAUGGACGGGGGCUACAUAAACAACCUGCCAGCUGACGUCGCUCGGUCGUUAGGCGCCAAAGUGGUUCUGGCUAUCGACGUGGGCAGCAGAGAUGAAACGGACCUUACCAACUAUGGCGACGCCCUCUCCGGCUGGUGGCUGCUGUGGAAGCGCUGGAACCCGCUGGCCGAUCGAGUCAAGGUCCUGAACAUGGCGGAGAUCCAGACCCGACUCGCCUACGUGUGCUGCGUACGCCAACUGGAGAUGGUCAAGAACGACGACUACUGCGAGUACAUCCGCCCCCCCAUCGACCGCUACGGCACCCUGGAAUUCGGCAAGUUCGACGAGAUCUGUGAUGUGGGGUACCAGCACGGCAAGACCGUCUUCAACGUGUGGGGGCGCAGUGGGGUCAUCGACAAGAUGCUGAGGGACCGACAGGAGACCUGCAAAACCAAAACCUCCGAUAUAAACACCUGCCCCAACGCCUCUUUCACCGACCUGGCCGAGAUCGUGUCCCGCAUCGAACCCGUGAAGACAGCGGUCGUGGACGAUGAGUCCGACUAUCAGACAGAAUAUGAAGACGAAGAGAUCCCCGACUCCCAGAAGGAGGAUUAUCUCAACUUCCUGAGCGCCCAGAACAAUGGCGAUGUCUCCGACAGUGAUGAAGAAGGGGAAAUGGGGGUGAGACAACGUCCUGCAGCAAAAUGGCGGCAGGGAAUGGACCGAUCCCAGGAGUACAGCUGAACCCGCCCCUGCCUAGGAGAGCGAGAGACGGCUCUCCACCUGUCCCCCCGCAUCAGAACCUCCUAUAUCAACGGUUCUUCUGCUUUGUGUGGUUCUAGAUAUAGAUCUUCCGGACUGUAGCGGUUUGUGGCCCGGCCACGUACAGACGCAAUAAAGCCUGUGGCUCGCGAGGGCGCGUCACGCCAGA